AUGGACAACAAAGAGUUGAUUCGAUACUUUUAACCACGUGACUGCCGAAGCUGAACGGACCACGUUAAACAGCAGGUGUUGGGUGUUGUUUAACCGUAAAUGAACGAUUAUCUUUUAAAAUAUAGCUUUGUUAAAGUAAUCCAGACUCUGCGACCUUGUGAUGAUGAGUGAGGUGUUUGUCCGGGUGGCGGUUCGAAUCCGCCCCCUUCGGCCAAGGGAGAAGCUCCACAAACAUCGGGAGUGUGUGCAGUUGGUGCCGGACAGCACUCAGGUGAUGUUCGGCUCAGACAGACUGUUUUCCUUCGACCACGCCUUGGGACCCACAGCCACUCAGGAUGAAGUGUACACGUCCUCGGUCCAGCCGCUGGUCCAGUACCUGCUGACUGGUUACAAUGCCACAGUAUUCUGUUACGGACAAACCGGUUCAGGCAAAACAUACACUUUGGAGGGAGGAGGCGGUGAAGCGGACGAAGAGGGAGGAAUUGUUGACCGUGUGGCUCAGGAUUUGUUCUUGUUUUUGGAAGAGAAGAAGAGAAACACUGACAACAUGGAGACUACAGUGUGGGUGUCUUACUUGGAGCUGUACAGGGAGGAGCUGCGAGACCUGCUGGAGCAGCCAACUGUUCAGAAAGUCUUUCACAUCAGAGACGAUGAAAAGGGAAACACUGUGGUGGUGGGAGCCAAAGAGGUGGUCGUCACCUCGGCAGAAGAACUCCUCAGAGUUGUACAAGCAGGAAGACUUCUUCGCCACAUCGCCUCUACAGGGAUGAAUGAGCGCUCCAGCCGCUCUCACACCAUCAUCUCCCUCAAGGUUGCCCAUUGUUCUAACAGUGAAAACUCUUCCUUGAAGUCUGUCCAGACAUCCAAACUCUGCCUGGUCGACCUGGCAGGAUCAGAGAGAGCUGGGAAAACCGGCAACACUGGGGUGAGGUUCAAAGAGUCUGUACGCAUCAACACCGGCCUGCUGGCUCUCAGCAAAGUCAUCAGUGCGCUAUCUGAACCUGCACGGACACACCACAGCACACACAUACCAUACCGAGAUGCAAAAAUCACCCGGCUCCUCCGCGACUCUCUGGGAGGCACCGCUCAUACACUAAUGGUGGUCUGCGUCAGCCCCUCCCACCAGAGUGCAGACGAGACUUUGGGAGCUCUGCAGUUUGCAUCCAAAGCCCGUUACAUUCGUAACUGCCCCAGAGCAACGUGCACAGUGGUGAAAUCAAGUAGCAUUGCCCGAAUGGCGGAACUUGACUUGGAAGUGCAGACACUGAGAGAGCUGCUGAAGGAGAAAGAGCUGGAGGUGCAUAGGGAGAGGACGGGUGGAGAGAUAGUAGAGAGCCUCAGACAGUACCAACUCCUAACAGAGGAGGCCGCAGCUCUGCUCGAAGACAUCUCUGGUCCACCGCUCAGUCCUUCUCUAAAGCAGCAGCUGCAGGACUGGCAGGAGAGACUGACAGUGGUCAGUAAUUCACAUCCUAUAGCUAACAUGAAGAAUUCAGAGGGAGGUGGAGACCAGUCGGACCAUGACACAGUGGUAAAGCUGAGGGAGGAGCUCAGCAGAUACCAGGAAGCCCUGAACUACAAGGAGCAACUGCUGGAGCAGAAAGAUGUAGCACUCAGGCAGACAAAAACGGAUUUGGAGAAACUUCUUCUGGACAGUAAAGUAAGCUUCCAAGUCUUAGAACAGGAAAAGGAACGUAAUCGUUUACAGAUCGAACAACUGGUGGAACUGCAGGUUGUAAAUGAUCAUCUGCGUAAUGAGAUCACCGCCUUAAAGAGCGCCAUCUCUGGAGGUCCUAGAGAGAGAGAUGCUCCUAAGAAACCUGACAAGAGGCCACACAGUGUCCCUGUGAGCAGGAACAGUAGUGGAGACCCACUUCACAGGAAGAUUCAGUCCAGUCCUGCGGAGUUUACUUUGGAGAGAGCAAUGACCGCCUUCAAAGUGCGGAAAAACCUACGUCUGGCAGAAUUUGACGAUAACGAUGGCAUGUUCCUGCCAAUCAGACAACGAGAGGCGGAGAGAAAAGGCAGGAGUCCAGACUGUGAGAAGGAGAGAGAGGGGAAUGAUGAGGAUGAGGAGACUGUCAGCAACAUGUCACUACAAGAUUCGUGGAUUAUCAGGCAGAAUCCAUGUUUGCUACCUCAAGGAAACAAAGAGCCCAAGAGAAACCAACCCAGAAUUCCACUUGCUGCUGCUCAGAAAAUAAUCAAAGAUCUGUCAGUUAACAUACGCAUGAAGGAGGAGCUCAUUUUAGCUCUGGAUAAAACUGACAACUUGAUCCAGGCAGUGGACGCUGGAGAUGAAUGUCAGCCUGGCAUUUUAGGAGCACUUUCCUCACAGAACCAUCAGAUCAGGACAGAGGUUUAUCAGGGUCUUCAGCACAUGAAGCUGGAGAGAGACCAGCUUCAGACAAAUGUCAGGCAGCAAACUCAGACGACUGACAGCGAAGCUAUCACUCAAAGUCAAGUAUAUGAGAGCAGUUGGCUGGAGCAGCAGGAGGAAAAAGAGCUGCAAAACAGAGCUGAUCUGCAGGAGCUGCAGGAAGAGAUGAGGAGCAGAGAGGAGGUGGUCCUGCGCAGAGAGUCGUAUCUGCAGGAGAAAAACAAGCUGGAGGUCAAGAAGUUACGCUCCAGUAAGGUUCUGGGUCAAAACUUGCUGCGUGUUUCAAUGCAGCUGAAGUCCGUGGAGGAGCAGCUGCAGGGCAGGAGCGAGAGAGGAGUCACCAAAGAGGAGCUGAAGAGAGAGAGAGACCAGCUGAAGAAGCAGAAAGAAAACAUCGACGCACAGCUGAAGGAAAACAAAGUCCUUACUGCAGAGGAGGAGUAUUCGCUGCUACAGCUGGAGGAAGCUAUUGAAGCUCUGGACGGAGCCCUGGAGUUCAAGAGUCGCUUCAUUGAGGACAAAAAGAAGCUGCUGCUCAGUGAACCUCUGCCUGUGUGUGGUGUCAUCAGGAAGCUGAAGGAGCUUUCUUCACCUGAAGCCACAGAGCUGCUGGUCAAAUAUUUCAACAAGGUUGUGGGUCUCCGUGAGAAAGAGCGUUGUUUGCAUGUGCACUGUGAAGAGCUUAAACUUCACGUUGGAGAGCUACAGACAGCGCUGGGCGACAUGGAGAUUAGCAUGAAGCAUGUGGCCCUGGGGGCAGACCGUAAGUUUACAAAACAGUGCAAGGACUACCAGAAAAACAUCGAGCUUCUCACAAUAAAACUUCAAGAUGACCAUACAGGGCAGCAAAUGCGGAGUGUCCACGAGAGACUGCAGCAUCUGGAGAAAGAAUUAUUUUAUUACAAAAGCUACAGCCGGCAGCUCAAACAGAAGCUCAAAGAACCUGCCUGCAAUCAGUCUUUACAUGAACAGGUGCAGACAAAACACACUGCACAUGUAGAGGCGAGAACAACCAAAUCCCUGAUAAGGACUGAAAGAGUCCAAUCACAGAAACCUGCUGCAGCAACACUCACAAAGUUACAAAGUGGCCAAAGAUACUGUAAGGCACAGAAUGAACGUCACACUUUGGGAUCUCUGUCCUCUGACCUUCAAGAACAAAACACCAAAAUGUUAGAAUACAGCCAGAUACAAACACAAAGAGAGACACAGGACAGAAAUGCAGUAGUGGCUGGUGACUGUGGGCAGAGUUUAGAGUUGACACCUGUCCGCCUGUGCCGCAGGAAAUUGAGGCAGAUUUCUGUAUCGGACCUUCAGGUCUCUGAUCCUAUCACAGGGAGACCACAGUCUGAUGUUGAUAAAACGGGGUCCAUCUUACAGGAUUCUUUAGAGCUGCCCUGAAAAGUUCUUUUUACUGUUAAAUGUUGUGUAGUUUAAAUGUUAUACAUUUCUACUUAAAGUGAGGAAAGUUUUUUUUUUCUUUUUACUAAAUAGUGAACAUAUAACUAAGAACAUGAAGAAAGUACCAUAAUUUCUGUAUUACAGUCUGUUUGUUUCUUUUAUACCCUUGUUUUUAUGCACUUUUUCCUCGCAUCAUGUUAAUUUAUGUUAAAUAUUUUGAAGGUUUAAUUGCAUAUAGGCAUUGUGGUUCUGUUGGAAACUUGAAGAACUGCCUGUAUAGAUUAGUAACAAAGCAAGAUAGGUUACCUUACAGCUGGGUCAGUACACCUAUGCAAACUACUGUAUAUACAGUACGGUAUGUAAACUGGAAUAUUCAUAGAUUUUGCACAAAAUUAUGUCCAUGAGAAAGUGUUUAGGUGGGACACACUUUCAAAAGUAGCUGUUAAUUUUCGAUCUGGAUGGUGGUUGCUGGAUUAUAGAUUAAAUAAAAGUUGUGUCAUUAAAACAGUAAA